AAUUAGCAAGGCCGCAAGGCUUGUCUAAAUCAAUCUAUACUCUUUUGUUCAUCUUUGUUUUCUUUGGCUAAUCUCUUUUUUUUUUUUUUUUAAUUUCUUCGUCUCCAUCUUUGAAAUGUCGGGGUUGGUGGACAAGGCCAAAAACUAUGUCGCAGAAAAGAUAGCAAAUGUGCCGAAGCCUGAUGCAAGUCUCACAGGUGUUGAUUUCAAGAAAGUGAGUUUUGACUCUGCGGAUUACAUUGCAAAGGUCGCUGUGAACAAUCCCUACCCACAUCCUCUCCCCAUCUGCGAGAUCAAAUACACCCUCAAAAGCAUUGGCAAUGUUAUUGCGUCUGGGAACAUGCCAGACCCUGGCUCGAUAAAGGCAAGUGGCACUACUGUAUUAGAGGUGCCGGUGAAGGUGCCGCAUAGUAUUAUUGUGACAUUGGUAAAGGACAUUGCUAGGGAUUGGGACAUCGACUAUGAGUUGGAUUUGGGUCUCAUCAUUGACCUUCCUCUAGUUGGAAACAUUACCAUACCACUCAAUAGGAAGGGCGAAAUCAAGCUUCCCACCUUAUCUGAAGUCAUUUGGGGUUCAAAGGAUGAAGCUGCGAAGGAGGAAGCUUUAAAACAGGCUUCCAAAGAGACUAAAAAGGAGAUUUCAAAGUAAAUAUGACUACAUUAAAAAAUGGAAAAAAGUUGAAAGUCGAAUUCUCAUCAUAAAUGUAAGAGCACAUAGUUUAUCUUAAGAAAAAGAAAGGUAAAAAUCGAAUUCUUGUCCUGAAUAUGUAAGAGCAGUUUGGUUAAUUAUGUUAUGUGCUUAGGUUUGAGAUUAAAAAGAAUUUUGAUUUGACUUGUACCAUGUGGAUGAGCAUUUUCUUCCCGGCAUUGAAUUGGUUAAUUUCAUGCGGUACCCUUUCAUCU